AUGGUUCUGAUGACGACCGCCGUGACGAUACUCGCCGUCACUCGUCAAGUGGACGAUCGAGUCGUCCGCGCUCAAGAUCCCGCUCCAGGUCAAGAUCGAGGUCGAGGUCGAGGUCCCCCUCUCAUCGCUCCACGACGUCCUCCUCCUCCUCCUCUGCUCGACGACGCAGGCGUUCGCGCACUCCAUCACGGUCUCGCUCUCGAUCUCGAUCUCGAUCACGGUCUCGAUCACCCGCACGGUCACGGUCGCAAUCACCGCGGCGGCGCCAGCAUCAUCGACGUUCGUCUGCUCGCUCAGACUCUGAAUCAAGCUCGUCCAGCUCGUCCGAUUCGGAUUCGGGGUCGGAUUCAGACUCAGAUGGAGGUGACCGAAGACGACACGAUCAUGGAAAACGCAGCUCGAGCCAUAAAUCCCACAAAUCGCACAAGUCUCACAAAUCGCACAAGUCACACAAGUCUCACAAGUCCCACAAAUCACAUAAAUCCAAGAAAUCAAGCAAGGACAAGCGUCGACACUCGACUGACGCCGAUCCCAACGUGCGGCGCUCGGCCAUCUCCGGUCAAGUGAUCAAGAUGCACGUCGAGAAAACAGAGGAUGAUUUAGAGAUGGAGAAGAAACGACAAGAGCUGCUCAAAUUCUUGAAUCAAAAAUACGAUUGAAAAAAACAACUGUGCAUAACUUUAAUGUCCAAGCAAAAAAAGACAACAUUCAG